AAAAUUAGUGAUGUGUCUUUAAAAUUUGUUUCCGCUUGUCCGCUUCAAUACAAUUAAAAAGUAUUAACUGUCGUGAACUUUUUUAAAAAUACUCAAACAAUCUUUUUUUGUACUCAAUCUCUAAAUUUUUCUAUAAUAUAUAUAUAUUAAUAUAUUUAGUUUAUUUAUAAAAAAAAAUAGUAACUUGACAUAAUUCUGAAUAUUGAGUUGUAAAAUUCUAUUUGACAAUGGAUAAACACAUAUUGUUUGUAUGUGUGUUUUUCAUUGUUAAUGUAUUUCAAGCACAAUCGCGAACAUUUACUGAAGAAGAUUGUCCUGUUUGCGUGCUUACAAUUGAUAAGUUUUCAAAAUCACUUGAAGGCGAAUUAAAACCAAAAAAUAUUGAAGAACAAUUCAAAAAAUAUUGUUUGUCUACAAAGAUUGAUAAGGAAAAAAGACUGUGUUACUAUUUGGGUGGAUUAGAAGAUUCUGCAACUGGUAUAUUAAGUGAAAUGUCAAAACCUUUAUCGUGGUCCAUGCCUGCACUUAAAAUCUGCGAACGUUUAAAGAAAAUGGAUGCUCAAGUCUGCGAUAUUAAAUAUGACAAAGAAAUUGAUUGGAAAACAGUUAACUUAAAGAAGAUGAAAGUUAAAGAUUUGAAGAAAAUAUUGGAUAACUGGGGAGAAAUUUGUGAUGGUUGUUUAGAAAAGACAGAUUAUAUCAAAAGAGUUGAAGAAUUAAAACCAUCUUACGUCAAGGAAGAGUUAUAAAUAAUACAAAUUAUUAUCCUAUGCAUUGUAUAAAUUUGCUAUUUUUUUUAAUACAAUAUUGUUUUUUGUA